AUGUCCUUCCCUUCAGCUUCCCCAGAGGAGCUGAAUUUCUCGCCCGUCAACAAUAAUUCUCCAAAUGCCUCACUACCUACGAACUUGACCGCCACUGCUCCCCACCGCGUGGCUGCGGAAGCCCCGAGCUCAACCUCUCGCAGCUGUGUAACAUGCCGCCGCAGAAAAGUCCGAUGCAACAAGAGAUCGCCAUGUUCGAAUUGUUCCAAAGCUGGAAUCGACUGCAUCUUUCCCCCUCCUGGCCGUGCCCCACGCAAAUCGAAGCGCCCACCUGACGCGGAGCUGCUUGCGCGAUUGCGUCGUUUGGAGGGUGUUAUCGAUCAUCUUAGAAGUAAUGGUAAUACAGAAGAUGGAUCAACCCCGAAUAAGGCGCCGUCUUCUACAACUGGAUCUUCGACCGCUCGGAGUGAACCAACUGCGCCCACGUCUGUUUCAGUUGAGCCACAGAACCAGCCUGAUGUAGAUCCCUGUCCUUUCGAACAAUCAGAUCCGAAGAAACUUGUUCCCAGUAAGUUUGAGAAUGAGUUUGGACGGCUGGUCAUCGAUGAAGGCCGGAGCAGAUAUGUCAGCAAUCGCCUCUGGACUAGUCUUGGGGACGAGAUCGAGGAACUGCAAGAUAUUCUUGAUCACUCGUCGUCAGAGGAAGAUGAUACACCUUCACCAGAGUCUUCUCAGUUGCGUUCACAUGACGGUUUCCUUUUUGGAUUCUACUCACUUUCACAGUCUCUUCAAGAGUUCCAUCCCUCCAUGUCCAACGUCUCCAUACUUUGGGAAACAUAUCUCGAAAAUGUGGCUCCUUUGAUCACCAUCGUACACAGACCGACUGCCAGAAAAAUGUUUGCCGAGGCAGCACAGCACCCAGAAGCUCUGGACAAAAAUUCAGAGGCGCUGCUCUUUUCCAUGUAUCUUUGCAGCGUUAUCAGCAUGAAACCAGAUGACUGCUGGUUCAAGUUAGGUGAAGACCGAGCUACUGUUGUUAAGCGGUACAGGUUUGCUACAGAGCAAGCGCUGGCAAAAGCUGGGUUCUUGAAUACCCAAAGCUUGGUCCUUCUGCAAGCUGCUGUCUUAUUCUUGGUCUGUGUGCGACGGGAGGAUGAUAGCAAGUUUGUGUGGUCUAUGACCUCGAUCGUUUUACGCCUUGCUCAGGGCUUAGGCCUACACCGGGAUGGCACCAAUUUCUCCCUGAAACCGUUCGAAACAGAGAUGCGGCGCAGAUUAUGGUGGCAUAUCUCGCUGUUAGAUGUCCGUUCAUCUGAAGACCAUGGGACGGAACCGCUCAUUAGCGAGAGAAUGUACGAUACUCGGCUUCCCUUGAAUAUCAACGACGAAGACAUUUCGCCUGACAUGGAAGAUCCCCCCGAAGAGCGAGAAGGCUUCACGGAUGUUACAUUCUGCCUUAUUCGCUGUGAGAUCACAAGCGCUUUGCGAAGAGCAAAUUACGUGUGUCCUGGGGCCCAGUUUCGUUCGCCUAACAGUUUACCGCCCAUAGAGCGCGCUGGACGGAUGAUCAAAAUUAUCAGUGACCGAUGUGAACAACGGUAUAUCAGGCACUGUAAUAUGGACAUUCCCGCGCAGUGGUGUGCUGCCACAGUUGGGCGUCUGAUCCUCGCUAAAUUAUGGCUAAUCGUCCAUCACCCAAUGACCCGAAAAGACCGUGGAAAUGUAUUUCAAGCAACUCGAGACAGCUUGCUUGUAACGGCAAUUGAGGUCCUUGAGUUUGGUCGCUUGCUUGAAACUGAUCCCAAGACCGCCAAAUGGGCCUGGCUGUCCCGGACCAAUAUGCAAUGGCAUGGAGUGGCAUUCGUUCUGUCUGAAAUAUGCGUCCGACCAAUCUGCCCUAUUACCGAUCGAGCUUGGAGCGCUGUGAGUUCUAUCUACACGCAAUGGGCCUUGCAGGCGACACAUAAGAAGGGCAUGCUGUGGCGGCCGCUCGCCGCCUUGAUGAAAAGGGCUGCUGCCACCCGGUCUAAGCAACAGCAAGAAUUGCUAUCCAGUUUUGAACCAGCACCUACCGAAGCGAAGCCCAUCCAAGGCCUCAGUAAUGGCGAUGCCCUUCCUCGCAUUUAUAUGCCAACAGGGAUGCUAAAUUCACCCUCUCCAAAUCGUCCAGGCUCAACAGAACCGGUUGAACAUGAUUUAUACUCCGACAUUGACCUCACCAAUGGACCUUUGGAUGCUCUCCGAGCUAUGUUCCCUGGCACAAACAUCUUUACACCGAACAAUCUAUUUGAUGCUCCACCGGCCCAGAAUAAUACCCCGGCACCAAGCUUGCCCACAAGCCUUCCUGACAACACAGCCAUGAGCGAACUGCCAUUCUUAUAUCAGAAUCCCCUUCCAGAUGCUGCUCAGCCCAACUGGGAGGAAUGGGACCAACUCAUGCGUGAUUUCCAGAUGGAUGUCGAAAAUGAUUCCCAGCCAAACAGCUUGACCCAUGCUCAUGUUGCGCAAUGGUUUGUUUAG